AUGCCAGUCAUGCCGCAGAACGUCGUUGACAAGUUGGUGCAGUUUCGGACCCAGACGGUUCCCAAUCGACAAGAGAAUAUCGCCGACGACAACUUCCCACUUCCGGACUCCCUUGCAACAAACAUGCUGCCCAAUCCGCCGACAAGUGUUCACGCCAGGCAGAGGCAGCACCGCCGCCAGAACUCGACACCCUCUGCCCUCGAAGGCGUGAACAUCUCGCCACUGCCCAACGCCAACAACCGACGGCAAGCUGCUGCUCACCGGCGCGGCCUCAGCCUUGACAUUCGACGACAACAGACGACGAAGCACGCAGCACGGCAGGACUUCAACAAGGUAAGACUGACUACUAACAGCACAGGAUUAGCAACCACUUCGCAGCAGCAUCAUGUUCUGCGAGAAGCGCAGCCGCAACGCACCCAAGCACGCCCGGGCCCCAACCACAUGCAAUAUACCUCAAUGGUAUCCAACAGCAAUGAGAAUUUUAUGAUCUCGCCGCACGGUACUCCUCAGACCCAGAGGUUCUCCUCACCAUCAUGUUUUGAGUCAAGUGCCGUUCACUUUCCGUACCAAACCCAGCUAGACCUGAUGAUGCAGAAGAACCACGAGAACUACUACAACAACAUGGCCGAGAGCAGAAAUUUCGACCUCUACUCCAACGACAGCGCCCUCUCAACGCCCACCUUUGUAAACUUUCCAGACAGCCCUGCUGGCCAGGUCUGGUCCGCCGAUGACGCAGGUUCCCGACGGAGCUCGAGGCGCAUCAGCGACGGUAUCAUGGAGCGAGUGAACAAGUUUGAGAGCAUGGGCAUGGAGGAGACUCAAAGACCUACGACACCACCUAAUCAGAAUGGAACUAAUUACUACCCUCCUACACCGAUGGAAACUCCCCAGAAGCAGGAAGUCAGACCAGACAGGUUCUCUGACGACUAUGACGAGUCAAUGGAAGAAACUAUCAAGCCCAACCGCAACAAUCGUCUUGGUCUCGGAGCCCAGUCCGUCUUUGCAGAGAUGAGACAGCAAGCAGAGCAGAGUGUCAACGUCCCCAGUCCCCCGAGUACGAGCAAAAUUCCCGAUGCCAAAAGCUUCAGUAGCCUCCAGAUGCAAAACCCAGACUACAUGAACAUGAAUGCUCUACGGAACGAGUUUGUCAAGAUCGAGGACCACAGCGACGCAGCGAUACUUGACAUGGACACCACGAGCUCCCUGUCCGACCAUUCCCAGCACGCUUCUCCAGACACUCAAGAUCAUGGACAGUUUGUUGGCGCGGCCCUCGGGGGCGGACUUGACCUGCAGCAGGUUCCUGGCCCCGACUCUGCGAUGCAAUCGACAAAGGCUUCUCCUCAUCGUCGGACCGAGUCCGUUGCCUCCAUUGCUAGCGCAGCCAGCAUUGCCGACAUCAACAUUGACGAGACUCGCACGGAUACCGGCGUGACCCUGGAAGAGAUUUCUCAGUACAUCCACAGCCCCGAAACCACUGACGGCAAGUGGAUGUGCCUGUUUGAAGGCUGCGGCAAGAAGUUUGGACGCAAGGAAAACAUCAAGUCGCACGUCCAAACCCACCUCAACGACCGACAAUACCAGUGUCCCACUUGCAAGAAGUGCUUUGUGCGCCAGCACGAUCUCAAGAGGCACGCCAAGAUCCACACCGGGAUCAAGCCGUAUCCGUGCGAAUGUGGAAACAGCUUCGCCCGCCACGACGCCCUCACCAGACACCGGCAGCGAGGAAUGUGCAUCGGUGCCUUUGACGGCGUCGUGCGCAAGGUCGUGAAGCGAGGCCGACCAAGGAAGAACCGCCCCGACAUGGAGACCAGGAUGGAAAAGUCGGCGAGGACAAGGAAGAAGAACAUGUCCAUCAGCUCCAUGUCGUCCUUUUCCGGCUACUCAGACAGCUCGGCGAUCAAUUCCCCCGACAACGAGUACCACAUGCUUGACGACAUGGUAGACAUGGACUUGGUCAAUGUCAGAACCCACGGAAUGCCAUCCAUGUCGACGGCCCCCAUGCCCACGUUGAUACCCAGGGGGGUGAGUGGGAUGAACAACGACAUGGCUCCGUCUCCCUCCGUCGUCGGCGCACACUCGUACGUGUCGCCAGAGGCCAUCAUGGACAAGGCACCGUCGCUCCCGGCGUCGCCCGCAAAGAGCGGCGUCAGCCAUUACAACACGCCGCCGGAGCUGUCUCAAUCGUCGUCGCCGCCGCCAGGUCACUUCUUCGACAUGGGCCCCAACACGUCUUCCGGCGCCGAGCUGGCUGUCAUGCAGUCGGCUCAUGGCAUGAUGGGCGCUUCAGAGAUGAAUGGAACCCUGCCCAUGGGCAUGAGCGAGCAGGACGACGACUUACUGCUGCCGUUUGGCCAGGAUGACGGUGGUCUAGUGCAGCUGGAUCGCGAAUCGAGCAUGCUCAUGCUAAGCAAGUUUGACGAAGACUUUGAGGCUGCCGUCAGCAUGUUCACCAACAACGACGACAUGUUCUUUGGCAACUCGUAA